AUGAUAGGAUCCAUUGAUCUAUCGCUGUAUCCAAAGAAGACGUCCCGCGAACUCAUUAAGAAGAUAUCGGACGUGAUUUGGGGUCAUUUGACGCGCUCCUAUUAUAAGGAUAGGGCGCACCUGCAGACCGUCUACUCCUACCUGACCGGCAAUAAGUUGGACUGUUUCGGUGUGGCCUACGCCGUGGUGGCCGCCUGUCAGCUCCUGGGCCUCGACGACGUACAGCUGGCCCUCUCCGAAGACCACGCGUGGGUCGUCUUUGCCGACGGUGAGACGUGUGAGGUGACCUGGCACGGGAAGGGCAAUGAGGACAAACGGGGUCAACCGGUGACCACGAGCUCGGACUCGUGGCUCUACCUCAACGGUCACGCCAUCAUCUGCAGCCGCUAUAUGGCUGUGGCGGCACUGGUCUCAGCCAUGAACCCGUCGAUCAACGCCAACCAGGACUCGGAGGAACUGGCGAUUCUGCAGAAGGAGUUGCUGUGGAUACUGUACGAGAACAGUCAGAUGGCGAUCUACCCCAUGGCUAUCGGCAAUUUGGGUGAUCUCGAGGACAUCUGCCCGUCGCUGACGCCCCGCAAGUCACCCAUAGAGCUCUUCUACGAAGCCAUAAAUGUGGCCAAAAAGACGUACGCCAACCAUCACGUCUACCCCUACACAUACCUCGCCGGCUAUCUCUACAGGAAUGGCAGGUUCAAGGAGGCGCUCAAGACGUGGGCCGACGCGGCUCAAGUGGUGAAACAAUACAACUAUACGAGAGAUGACGAGGAGAUAUACAAAGAGUUUCUGGAGAUCGCCAACGAACUCAUCCCACACAUGGUUCGGGUGGUGUCGGCCGGUGGGUGCGAGCCCUCCGGCAUGUCCUCCAAACCGCUACUCCAAGACCCGGAGUGUUUCGCAUAUCUGUUGCGCUUUUAUGACGGCCUCUGCGGCUGGGAGGAGGGCUCGUCCACACCGGUGCUCCACAUUGGGUGGGCUAAGCCACUGGUGGCCACAAUCGCCAAAUUCCCGCAUUAUAUCAGAGCCAAAGUCGACAUCAAAGCCGAUAUCAAUGAGGAGAAUGAGGAACAGGAGGGCCACGAGUCCGGUGAGGACGACGACAUGGACCUCAAAGCCGCCGCAAAAGUCGAGACAAACACUUGUGAUAACAAUAACCAUAAGAAUAGUAAUAAUAAUAAUAAUCAGACGAUGAAUAACAAAAAUAAUUCACACAAAACUCAUUCAAUGGACGACUCAUCCAAAGCCGAUGUCGACGAAAGUGAUGUUAAUUCUGAUGCAAGUCUUUGCCACUCGGAGUCGGAACUGAUUAAGUCUCUGGUGAAGGACAUGGACUCUAGCGGUGAACCUAACCCAACGAUCGCAGCGCUGGCCGCCGCGUGCAGCGAAAACAUACUGAACCCCCGGUUCCUAUUGGGUCAGGACAUCGAGAACGUGUUCACACCGCAGGACAGCCAUACGCCCGGAAGUACGCCGUCGACCCCCACCACAAGCGCCCCGCAAACACAGCACUUGUUCGGCAAACGCGGGACAGACAGAGGGGACGACCACAAGAGGAGGGCGUCGACGGACGAGAAGACAUUCGUGACGCUUACGAGUCAGAAGAUCGCCGGUCUUAAGCACCUACUGCUCGCCGAUAAGCUCAACACGUCGGCCAUUCAACUGCAACUGACCGCCCAGUCCCAGGUCGACACCAAAAAACGAUACAGACAUUCCGGCACAAUAAAGGGCGGUAUAAUGGGUGGACCGGAGUUUGAUUUUGUGGCCACAACCACGACAACACUGUCGCGCACAAGCAAACGGAUCCGACGCGAGUGAUGAUUGGUAUGACCACACCAUCGAUGACCACAAAUCUAUUGAUGCAAAACCGUAUGAACACAACAAUUAUUGGCCAAACAUUUUAUUUUUUGACUGUUUAUAUCAUAUAUCGACCAAAGUUUUCACUUAUUUAAUAUCCCGAGAUAUAUAUAUACACGAUAUACCCCGG